AUGUAUGUAUGUAUCCUUUUAUCGUUAGAUUUAUCGAAGAUGUCACAUAGAAAGUUUUCAGCACCGAGACAUGGUUCUCUUGGAUUUUUGCCCAAAAAGCGUAGUAGACGUCAUCGUGGAAAGGUUAAGGCUUUUCCUAAAGACGACAAGUCUAAACCAGUACAUUUAACAGCGUUUUUGGGAUACAAGGCCGGGAUGACCCACGUCGUGCGGGAAGUUGACAGACCUGGAUCAAAGGUCCACAAAAAAGAAGUUGUAGAGGCAGUAACAAUUUUAGAAACUCCGCCAAUGAUUGUUGUUGGUAUUGUUGGAUAUAUAGAAACCCCGAAAGGAUUGCGAACUUUUAAAACAGUUUGGGCUGAACAUCUUGGUGAUGAAUGCAAAAGAAGAUUUUAUAAAAAUUGGUACAGAUCAAAGAAGAAGGCUUUUACUAAAGCUUCACAAAAGUGGGCUGAUGAAACAGGGAAAAAGGAAAUUGAUAAGGAUUUCAACAAAAUUAAGAAGUACUGCACUGUUGUUAGAGUGCUUGCACACACUCAGAUGAAGUUAAUGAAUAGAAGGCAAAAAAAGGCUCAUAUUAUGGAGAUUCAAUUAAAUGGUGUAAGGAGAAGAGAAAGUGAAGGAAUCCAGUAUGUUAAAGUCAGGGUCAAUGUUUGA